AUGAUUGAUAAUCGCAGAGGUUGGCACGAGAUGUUUCCAUAUGCUUUGUUGGGUUACCGAACAACUGUCAGAACAUCAGUUGGAGCUACUCUAUAUUUGCUAGUAUAUGGAACAGAAGCAGUUAUACCUGCAGAAGUUGAAAUACGGUCAUUCGGAAUCAUCCAAGAAGCUGAAUUGAGUGAUGUUGAAUGGAGAAUGAUUCGUGCUUUCCACAUAAAAGUAAAAGACAGGAUAUUUGAAAUCGGCCAGCAGGUCCUUAAACACAUUUUCCCUCAUCAGGAUGAGUACAAAGGGAAAUUUGCACCAAAUUGGCAAGGACCCUACAUGGUUCGUAAAGUAUUAUCCGGAGGUGCCUUGGUCCUUUCGGAGAUGGAUGGCACCGAAUGGACGAAACCGAUCAACUCAGAUGCUGUCAAGAGAUAUUCUGUGUAA